AUGGCCGAACAGCAAAAGUGGACGGGCGCAGGCGUCCGCAAGACAUUCUUUGAGUUCUUCGAGAAGAAGGGCCAUACCAUCGUGCCCUCUGGCUCCGUCGUCCCCCACAAUGACCCGACCCUGUUGUUCACCAAUGCUGGAAUGAACCAGUUCAAGCCGAUCUUUCUUGGUACCAUCGCCAGCUCCGAUGACAUGGCCAAGCUCAAGCGCGUCGUCGACUCACAAAAGUGCAUUCGUGCCGGAGGCAAACACAACGAUCUGGACGACGUCGGCAAGGACAGCUACCACCACACGUUUUUCGAGAUGUUGGGCAACUGGUCCUUUGGCGACUACUUCAAGAAGGAAGCUAUCGAAUGGUCGUGGGAGCUUCUUACGAAGGUUUACGGGCUUGACCCAAGCCGCCUCUACGUCACCUACUUCGAAGGCAAUCCCGAAAUGGGCCUCGAAGCCGAUCUCGAGGCCAAGGAGCUGUGGCUCUCUGUCGGCGUGCCAGAGGAUCACAUUCUUCCGGGCAACAUGAAAGACAACUUCUGGGAAAUGGGUGACCAGGGCCCCUGUGGUCCAUGCAGUGAAGUCCAUUACGACAAGGUUGGUGGCAGGAACGCCGCCCACCUUGUCAAUGAGGACGACCCGCUUGUUGUUGAGAUCUGGAACAACGUCUUCAUGCAGUUUGACCGUCAAAAAGAUCGCUCUCUCAAGCCUCUUCCUGCGAAGCACAUCGAUACCGGCAUGGGUUUCGAGCGGUUGGUGUCUGCCCUUCAGGAUAAGUCUUCCAACUACGCCACAGACAUUUUCACCCCAUUGUUUGAUAAAAUCCAGGAAGUUACUGGCGCACGUCCAUACUCUGACAAGUAUGGCAAGGACGAUGUUGACGGAGUUGACACCGCAUAUCGCGUCGUUGCGGAUCAUAUUCGGCUGCUUACAUUUGCCAUCUCGGAUGGUGCUGUGCCAAACAGCGAUGGCCGGGGCUAUGUUGUCCGUCGUGUUCUGCGAAGGGGUGUACGGUAUGCCAGGAAGUACUUCAACGUCGAAAUUGGCUCGUUCUUCUCGAAGAUCUUGCCUGCUCUUGUCGAGCAGAUGGGCGAGCAGUUCCCGGAAAUUGUCAAGAAGCAAAACGAUGUUGCUGAGCUUCUUGACGAGGAGGAGGUCGCAUUUGCAAGGACGCUCGAUCGCGGCGAGAAACAGUUCGAGAAGUACGCUGCUAAAGCUGUCGAGAGUGGUCGUCAGAAGCUCUCGGGCUCCGAUGUCUGGAAGCUCUACGAGACAUACGGUUUCCCCGAGGAUUUGACCAAGCUCAUGGCUGAGGAGAGAGGUCUGGCCUGGGAUGAGGAGGAAAUCCUCGUCGCGAAGGAGAAGGCCCGCGAGGCCAGCAAGGCUGUCAAGGAUGCUGUGGAAACUUUUGCCAAGCUCAAUGUGCACCAAAUUGCCGAGCUCAAGGACAAGUUGCAGCUCCCAACUCCUGACGACGAGCCCAAGUUCUUCAAGGGUGACACCACUGGCGCAGUGCAACUGAUUUACACGGGCACCGAGUUUAUCAAGUCAACGGCCGACCUCGCGCCGAAUACACCAUUUGGGCUUCUCCUUGACCGCACCAACUUCUACGCCGAGCAGGGAGGUCAGGUUGCAGACACUGGCAGAAUCGUCAUCGACGAUGUAGCUGAGUUCAAGGUGCUUGAUGUGCAGCAGUUCGGUGGCUAUAUCGUACACAAUGGAUAUCUCGAAUACGGGCAGCUGAAAGCCGGCGACAAAGUCAUUGCCGAGUACGACGAGCUCCGGCGACAGCCCAUCCGAAACAACCACACUGGCACACACAUUCUUAACCAUUCACUGCGGGAGGUUCUUGGUGACGACAUCAACCAAAAGGGUUCUCUUGUGGACCAAGACAAGCUACGUUUCGAUUUCUCCCACAAGACUGGGGUGACAAUUGAGGAGCUGGCGAAGAUUGAGUCUCUGUCCAAUGGUUACAUUCGCCAGAACUCGCAGAUUUACUCGAAAGAAGUUGAGCUCGAUAAGGCUAAACAGAUCAACGGCGUGAGGGCGGUAUUUGGCGAAACCUAUCCCAACCCCGUGCGUGUCGUCUCCGUCGGAAUCGAGGUAGAUAUGCUCCUUGCUGAGCCUGAGAACCCCGAGUGGCGCAAAGUCAGCGUCGAGUUUUGUGGUGGCACACACGUUGAGCAAACCGGCAGCAUCAAGGACCUGGUCAUUGUUGAGGAGAGUGGCAUUGCUAAGGGUAUCCGUCGCAUUGUCGCUUACACCGGUGAUGCUGCUCAUCAGGUACAGCGAGACGCCGCGGAGUUCAGCCAGAAGAUUGCGGUCGUCGACGCUCUGCCGUUCGGCGCCGAGAAGGAGGCUCUCAUCAAAUCUAUGACAGUCGAGCUGAACAACCUUGUCAUUUCCACCUUGACCAAGGAUGAUCUGAAAAAGAAGUUCGGCAAGGUGGUCAAGGACGUCACAGAUGAGCAGAAGAAGCGGCAAAAGGCCGAGAGCAAGACUGCCCUGGAUGCUGUGUCCAGCCACUUCACUCAGGAGGAGAACAAGUCCACCACUUAUUUCGUCGGUCAGCUACCAAUCUCUGCGAACGCCAAGGCUAUCGCGGAUGUCAUGAACCACUACAAGAGCAAAGACAAGACCAAAUCGGUGUACAUCUUUGGUGGCAGUGCGACUGAGGGUGCCGUUGUCCACGGUGUCUACGUCGGCACGGAUCUUGCUUCCAAGGGAGUUACCGCGGAGCAGUGGGCCGCUGCUGUCACGGACAUCGUUGGCGGAAAAUCUGGAGGUAAAGAGCCUACGCGACAGGGCCAGGGAACCAAUGCCGAAAAGAUUGAGGAUGCUGUCGAGGUCGCCAGGAAAUGGCUGGAGGAGAAGCUUAAGCUAUAA